UACUGCGCAUGCGUAAUAAGAAGGAAAGGCCUUUAGUCGUCAUUUGGGCGGAUGGUUUGAAUGCGGAGCGGUGUGGCGAGAGAUGCCUAGUGGUGGGCCUCGAUUUGGGCCUUAUUUUUGCCCUCCGUGGUCCGAUUUCCACCCUUAUCUUCUCGACGUUGACACUGGAGACUGUGUCCUUCUUCUAUUAUGGCUUGUGGUCUACAGAAGCUGUUUUCUGUGGAGGCGGAUUUUGAAGAUGAGGAUUUUCUGUUGGCUGUGAAGGAUGUGGAAAAGGAUGUGGAGAAGCACACUGUGGAUCCAAAUCCAAACUUAAAAAGUCUUAGACCUGUGUCAGCUGGGCUAAGAGCCCCCAGCAAUGGUCAUGCACUGGCUAAGGACCCUCACUCUCUUUGUCCUUCUGUAACUACAUCGCCUGUCCUGAUGGUUCAGAACUGCUCUAGGCUCAGAUCUGAGGAAGGCCGUUCCUCUGUUGAAGUCAGAAACAACCAAAGAUCUCCUCUUGUGACCAGCUUCAGUGUUCAGAGGGACCAGAUAGCUUCACCAAGCUCCACUUCAGAUACAAACUUCAGGUUUGUGAAGAGACAGGCAGCUGUCCUACCUACUGGGAGUACCCACUAUGACAAGACAGAGAACGGGUUUGUACUGGCUGCCUGCAUGGAUUCUGAGGACUCUUUAUGGUCACAUCCAGGAUCUUUUAGGUCUGACUGUGGAUCUCAAGAGCAGAUAAGAGGCAACAGUGUAACAACAGCCAAGAAACCUCGAGUAGCAAAUUCAGUGAUGCCAACCACUCCUAUUAGUACUGAAAUGUCAGCAUUCAUAAGGACCCAGGGACAAACAUCUACAGAUGUCAUCAGCCAUCUCCAACCAGUGGAUGCUUCUUCAAAGUUGACUUUGCGGCCUGUUGCUGUAGGAUCUUGCAUGGUUCGAUCUAACCUGGGAGUGAGCAGCAAUACAAACAUCCCUCUGAACUCUAGCUGUCAGAUGCUGAAGUCUUUGGGUAAACCUACUGACUGCAACAGCCCAAGCUUAUCUUUGGUUAGACCAUGUUCGUCCUUCCUGUCGGGAAAUACCCCUCCAGGACAAUCCAAAUCAUGGAUACCAAACCAGAACUAUACUGGGCCAAGAAUGACCAAUAGUGGUGCUCAGCUUCUUACUGCAUAUGGCUCUCCAACGACAUCUGUGGAAAACACACCUGCCUCUUUGAAAAUCACCUCUUCUGGUGUAUCUGCUGGAAACCUCCAGACACCUGUAGUCACCAACCAUCUUGUCCGCUUGGUCACAGCUGCUAACCAGACACCUCAACCAAUGGCCCACAUUGGUUUGCGGGCUAAGACACGUCGCUUCCCAGGACCUGCCGGCAUUCUACCUCACCAACCUGAUGAGAAAAAAUUGGAAGACAUUCUCAUUACAACUCCUCAGAUGCCAACUCAUGGGGCUUUAGCAAAACUACAAAUUGAGGAAGUGCCUGCCUCUCAGCAUCGAACAGAAGAUCAAUUUGAACGAGGCCCUUGGGCUGCUAUGAAAACUGAGUUGGGAUUAGAUGAGAGAGAUCCAUCCUGCUUCCUUAAGACAUACAGCAUUGUUAUGGUGCUUCGUAAGGCAGCUUUGAAGCAGCUCCCAAAGAACAAAGUUCCCAACAUGGCAGUUAUAAUUAAGACACUGACAAGGACCAACGUUGAUGCGGGUGCUGUAUUCAAAGAUCAUACUGGGGAAAUGCAGGGUACAAUACAUCGUCUGCUGCUGGAGGAGAAAGAGAGUGAAUUUAAAGCUGGUUCAGUGCUUCUGCUAAAACAGGUGGGUGUGUUUUCCCCAUCCCAUCGCAACCACUACCUCAAUGUGACACCUAGUAACUUGGUGAAGAUAUAUUCACCAGGGAUUAACAGCGGCAAGGCUCCAUUAUUCCAAGACAUAAAUAAAGCCAUGGAGAUGGUGCCAUCACAGGCUGAAACAGAAUGUGAGCAGGAUCAUCCUCCAAAUGCCCUUGCACCCAUGACCAGAAAAGGGUGCUCAAGUGGAGAAAGAUGUGAGAACGACGAGAACUCUUUACAGAGUGCAUCAGUGAAACAAUCAUUGACACCAGUGUCAGGGAUUUGUGGAACAAGCAAAAUAGUUUUGAAUGCAUCAUCUGUAAAGGCUGAUGGAGCUGACUCAGAUGACCUAGACCAGCUUCUUGGAGAACUACCUGAUGACUUUUUCUCCAGCUUGGAUGCAUAGAGAAGUCAAUGAAAUUUCACUGGAGCCAAAAAUGAGACUGUCAUUGUGAUAGAGGACCAAGGACAUAGCCCUUCUUCCCAUGACAUUGCCUUUUUUUCAGGCUUUUGGUAGAGGCAUAGUCCACAUCUUUGGUAAGAUGUUGGUUGUGACAGGAGAAAAAGAAGUUCCUUCAUAGAACAAGCAAAACAUGGAUGCAGUUCAUGUGAUUCAAUAAAUACUGGAUGCCUGCUGCGAUGUUACUGUUGAGCAUAUUUUCCCCUCCUGCUUUUUUAUUGAUGUAAUGAAUUCUUGAACCCUUUGUUCAAAGACAUAGUUUGUCCAGUGACAGAAUAUACAUUAGAAAUGCUGUGUGAGGGUCUAUCCAGCCUUAUGGACACACAACAGACAUACUUCUACCUGUACUGCACUUUGUCUUGCCUUUUUUGGCACAACACUGUCUUGCAAAUAGUCUUAUGUGGUAUAUUUGUUGACAAAUUAUUAAAAAAAACGUUGUUAGAUGUCA